AUGGAUCUCAGAAAGAUGAAAAAUGAAGAUAAGCUGAACCUAUGUAGGAAAUACUACUUAGGUAAGUUAGGUGGCUUUGCCCUGCUCCCAUUCCUCUGGCUUGUGAAUACGUUAUGGUUCUUCAAGGAAGCAUUUAUCAAUGAACCAUAUCAACAACAGAAACAAAUACGCACAUAUGUUAUACGAUCAGGGAUUGGUACAUUAAUAUGCACUGGCGCUUUCAUUGCGUGGGUUGUGGUGUUCCAGUUACACAGGGCUGAAUGGGGUGAAACUGCAGACAGACUGUCUUUCAUAAUACCAAGGGGAAUUGCAUAG